AUGGACAAAUAUGAGGAAGUAAAUGAUUUUUUUUAAUCUCAAGUGAUUGAUUUACUUAAUUAAUAAACCAAAACUUAUAUCCUCAAAUCCUAAGAUAAAGAUGAUACUCAAAUUGAUGAUUUUGAUUUUAGUAUUAACGAAGUUAAUGAAUAAUAAUGCUACGAUACAUAAUUACAAAAAUCAUAAUCCAAAAUUGAUAUUUUAAAAAAUAAAUUAUCAAAACUUUGCCAAUAAAAACAACUACUUUAAAGGUCUUUCAUAGAUUUAGAAAGAGAAGUUUUGGAGCUUGAAGAAAAAAUAAAUUAAGAGAAAUCAGAAAUUGAUUGCUCUAAACCAAAAAUCAGUACUAAUGAAGAGUAAAAAAGAAAAUUUAAUUAAAAAAAGGCACAGUAUGAAUAAUUGUUAUUAUAAUAUGAGAAAUUUUAUUUUGAAAAUGAUAUUAAAAAGGAAAUUAAUGAAAUUAAUUUGGAAUAUGAUAAUUAAACAAGCAUGUAAAGGCAACACUCUAAUAAGAUUAAAAUUAAUAAAAAAUUAGAAGAAAAAUUAAAUAAAGAAUUUGAUUAAGUUAAUAAGGAACUAAAUGAAUAUCAGAACAUCAUUAACCCUGAAUUUAAAUAAAAUAUGAAUCAUUUAUAAUAAUUAAUGAUAGAAUAUGAUGAAUUUUGUAUUGAAAAUAUAGAAUAAUAAAAAGAAAAUAAAAAUUAAAAAUUGGAGGAAAUUAAACAAAAUAUUGAAGAAAUAAACAAUAAUUUGAAGAACAAAAAUUAACAAUCAACUAAUUAACUAUAAAAUAAUUUAAAUGAGGCAGAAGAUAGAUUAAUAAAUAUUUUUAUUAAAUACAAUAAACAAAAUAAAUAAAUAAAGGAGCUAAAACAGGAAAAAAAACAAAUUUAAAAAUUUAUUGAUAUUGGAAGACAAAAAGUGAACUCUUAAGGAUCAUUCUUGUAAAUAAAGAAAAUUUAUAAACUUAAAUUUAUCUAAUAGUUGUUUUUAAGAGUAAUAAUCUUUAUUGGAAUUUGUAUGAUGUUGAAAUUAUUGCAAGAUAUUUAUUAAUCCAGGAGAAAAAUAUUUUUUAAUUAAUGA